AAACACUAGCUGCACACACCCACAGCCUGUUAUACAGCUGCACAGGUGGGAUCUGUCAGAGGAGACCUGGGUCCCUGGACAGAGGAGAAGUCUGGACCUGUAUGGAUUCUCCAGUCCUCCCCAAAGCUCCAGGUGGAGCAGGCACUGCAGGUGCUGCAGGUGUUGAGCAGCCAGCAGUGGUCCCUCCUGGUGGUUUGCAGCCCCUUGCUGAGGUAGAGGAGCCUGCCAGCCUGGGAGAUAAGAGUCAUGCCAGAGCAGGAGACGGAAAGGAGCUGGUCUCAUUAGACAGCUCUCUGUCCUCUUCAGACAGCGAGGAUGAGGGUAUUGGCAAGAAAGAGAAGAAGAAGAAGAAGCUAAAGAAGAAGAAGAAGAAGAAGAAAGAUUCAUCUUCAUCAUCUUCGUCUUCCUCCUCCUCCUCCUCUUCUUCUUCCUUCUCAUCCAGCAGCUCUUCAGACAGUGACAGUGAGGAUGACAAGAAGAAGAAAGAGAAAAAGAAGAAAAAGGGGGAGGAUAAAGAGUAUGUCUGGGACAGUGUUGUCAUAACUAGUGCCGAUGACCAAAUCCAACAGGUGUCUGGAGAUGGUCUGAAGGAGGGUCAGGAUUUGGACUCAUCAGAUGACGAAAUUGACAAGAAGAAAGAGAAAAAGAAGAAGAAGAAGAAAAAGAAGGACAAGAAGAAGAAGAAAAAGAAGGAGUCAUCCUCUUCUUCAUCUGACAGCUCAUCAUCUGACAGUGAGGAUGAAAAGAAGAAGAAGAGAAAGAAAAAGAAGAAGAAGAAAAAGAAGAAGAAGGACUCCAGCUCCUCUUCCUCAGACAGCUCCUCGUCAUCAUCAUCCUCUGACAGUGAGGAUGACAAGAAGAAAAAGAAAAAGAAGAAAAAGGACAAGAAGAAGAAGAAGAAGAAAGACAAGAAAAAGGAUUCCAGCUCUUCAUCCUCAUCCUCAUCUUCUGACAGUGAUAAAGAUAAGAAAAAAAAGAAGAAGAAGAAGGACAAGAAAAAGAAGAAGAAGAAGGAUAAGAAAAAGGAUGAAGAGCAGAGUGAGCUCACCAGUGUUACUGCUCUUUCAGCAGCUGGCGGUGAGGCUGCAGGACCAAGUACUGAUGGAGAUAAAAAGAAAGAUCAAGAUGCUGACAAGGUCAAGGCCAAAGAGCUUAAAGCAGCAGAAGAAGGCAAACUGUCCCCUGCAUCAGCUGCAGGGGGAGCAGAGGCAUUCCCUGAUGCUACUGAGGAAGGCCAUCUGAGUGAUGAUGAGGGAGAAGGAGUCACAGAGAAGGAUAAGAAAAAGAAGCUGAAGAAGAAGAAGAAAGAGGACUCAGGCUCAUCUUCAGACAGUGAUGAUGACAAAAAAGAUAAGAAAAAGAAGAAGAAGAAGAAGAAGGACUCCUCCAGCUCCUCUUCAUCUGAUAGCUCCUCUUCAGACAGUGAAGAUGACAAGAAGAAAAAGAAGAAGAAAAAGAAGAAGAAGAAGAAGGUGAAGAAGAAGAAGGAUAAGGAUUCCAGCUCUUCCUCCUCCUCUUCCUCCGCAUCUGAUAGUGAAGAUGACAAGAAGAAGAAGAAAAAGAAGAAGAAAAAGAAGAAGAAGUCCAGCUCUUCUGAUGAUAGCUCCUCCUCCUCUUCUUCAUCAUCAUCGUCCUCUUCCUCUGAUAGUGAAGAUGACAAGAAAAAGAAGAAGAAGAAAGAUAAGAAAAAGAAGAAGAAGAAGGAUAAGAAGAAGAAGAAAAAGAAGGAUUCUUCUUCUUCAUCUUCUGACUCCUCCAGCGAUUCUUCUAGUGAUAAUGAUAAAAAGAAAAAAAAGAAGAAAAAGGAUAAGAAGAAGAAGAAAAAGAAGGACAAGAAAAAGGACUCAGAUUCUUCUAGUAGUGAUGAUGACAAGAAGAAGAAAAAGAAGAAGAAGAAAGACAAGAAGAAGAAAAAGAAGAAAGACAAGAAGAAGGACUCAAGCUCCAGUUCAUCAAGUUCAUCAAGUUCAUCUGAUAGUUCCAGUGACAGUGACAAGGAAAAUAAAAAAGACAAAAAAAGAAGAAGAAAGAGGACAGCCCUGAUAGUGAGCAAAGCAGCAAGCCAAAAAUGGAGGUUUCAGAUUCAGGUGGUAGCGGACUCUCUGCUGCCAGCAGCAGCAGCAGCUCCAAGCCUGGUGGUGCCCCUGUUGUCUCCUAUGUGUCACUCCCCUCCAAACCUGUCUUAAAACUGGAUCCUGCUCCUCCUUCAUCCACCUCCAAGCCCUCUACCUCUGGCUCCUCAGUGAGUAUUGGAGACAGGACCCCUGUUCGCAGACCUGUCAGCCCCAUGGAGUCCCUGAUGGGAAGCCCAAGGAGGUUUGGAGAUGGGACAACCCGUUCCACUUCUCACCUCACCUCAAGUGAUCUACUGAGAGGCCCCAAGCCUUACCAGUAACGACAUGUCAUAGAUCGAAACAAUAAUGUUACUGAUUUUUUAAAAAGCAAGUUGAACGUGAUAAUGAGUUAUGGUCUAAUGAUGCUCUCAGUGCCCUGAUUUUAUGCAAGAAAAAUAUGAUCACUCAUCAUGACAAAUAGAAGGAGAUGUUUUUGGUGUUUUCUUGUUAGAAUACACAAGUUACUGGGUAAAUAUGCAUUGUGACAUGAGGGAGAUAAUUAAACCAUGAAAAAUAAUUUUUCAACUGGUAUGGAAAAAAAGCAACAUUUAUGGAGGAAAUUAAAUUUUGCAAUCACAUGAAAUAAUUUCAAAUGCUUUGGGGAAUAAAACUGAUUUUAUAUGUUU